UUCCUGCGGCAGCAUCUAGGAGAGCAUGGCACCCCUGCGUCGGUUCACACAAUCUAGUGCAAUUCUUUAUCUUGCUUGUGCUAAGGUUGUGCCUGGCAAGAAGAGGAAGUACACGACUGUUUCAAACGUCGACGUUGGAUUUUGAGGCGAGGUCCAAAGCAGAUUGGUUCUGUUCCUGCCAAGGACUGGAAUCUUACCUCUGGUACCCAGCCCGGCGUCAGAGUCCCCACUGACAGUUGCCAUCCCUGAGACUGAGCUCAGUGUGAUUUCUGAAGCCUUUGCCUGUUGCCCAGUGUCGGUACCGGGGUUGCUCCUAUGGGAACCCAACCCGAUUACCUCCUCUGGGCCCUUCUACCAACAGUGAACCUGAGUCAUGACUAAGGCAUUCUGCACUAACCAGGAUUUAUUUGGAAAACAGAAAACCUUUAGCUAUUUCGAGAAGAAAGUGAUUUGAUACAAGAGUUGGAGGCUUACUAAGGAACUGGAGAGGCCGGCAGCCACCUUUAUCGAAACGGGGCGGAUAGUAACAUAAAGAAAGAACCACCGGUGAUCUCAGCUACCUGCCGUAGCCAGAAGCACCUGGCGACACCUCCCAUUGCUCAUCUGCCAAAGCCCACACACCUGCCUGCCACCACCACGCUGGGCGUUGGCUUCUCUCCUGCCCCGUGAGUGUGUCCUGUUUGUGUGGCCUCACUCUGAACCUCGAUGACACAAAGCCUGGAGAAGGUAGCUCACACACUUCUAGCCUCAGAGAUACUGGGAACAUCGUAAAAGAAAGAACAUAGUGCUGAGUAGCUUACUGAUAGUACAGGCUAUAUCCUGUCUCUAGAAAUUUUCUGAAGCUGAGUAUUGAGCCUUUAAGUAGGACACUUAAAGAGGACAGUGUUACUCCUCCAAAGUCAAAGAUGCUAAGAAAAACAUUUCUUAUCUGGAGCUCUGUAACGGUGGCCCUGCAGAUGCCACUGCCCCGGAAGCUCUGGUGCUGUCCAGCCACCGUCGACCCCACCGUGUUCUUCAACGUCACCGUGGAUGGCGGGCCCUUGGGCCAUGUCUCCUUUGAGCCGGUUGCAGGCAAAGUUCCAAAGACAGCAGAAAACUUUUGUGCUCGGAGCACUGGGGAGAAAGGAUUUGGUGAUAAAGGUUCCUGCUUUCGCAGGAUUAUUUGGGAAUUUCUGUGCCAGGACUGUGCCUGCACAUGCCAUAAUGGCACUGGUGGCCAGUCCAUCUAUGGGGAGAAAUCUGACGAUGAGAAUUUCAUCCUGAAGCACACGGGUCCUGGCAUCUUGUCCGUGGCACACGCUGGACCCAACACAAAUGCUUCCCAGGUUUUCAUCCCCACUGCCAAGACUGAGUGGUUGGAUGGCAAGCAUGUGGCCUCUGGCAAGGUGAAAGAGAGAAGGAAUAUUGCAGAAGCCACGGAGGGCUUUGGCUCCAGGAAUGCCAAGGCCAACAGGAAGACCACUAUUGCUGACCGACACUUGACUUGUGUUUUAUCUUAACUACCAGACCAUUGCUUCUGUAGCUCAUGAAGGCACCCCUUCACCCCCAUCUGCUGGAAAUAUCCUAUAAUCUCUGUGCUCUCGCUGCAGUUCUGUGGGUUCCAUAUUUUCCUAAUACUCCCCUCCAAGUCUAGCUGGAUUGUGGAGUUAUGUUUAUGAUAAUGAAAGAAAAACUAAACAGCAACAAUAACACCAACCAAAGAUUCUGUAAUGGUUCUAAUAGUGGAUGUGAAUCACUUGUAUCAAGUGAUUUGAUACAAGGGUUGGAGGCUUACUGACUAGUCCAAGCAGAACUACCAGGAAAAUUGGGCAACUCUCCGUACCCACACCCUUACUCUGCGCAGUAUAGUUGUACCCUGAGAUUCCCUUAUUUCCUGGUGAAAUAUGUACCACACUUUAGUCAGCUGACUCAGUGUCCGUUCUACUCCUGUAUGCCAAGGUCACAGUCUUGGAUACGUUUUGGGCUAAGUCUGCUCCUCCAGAGCAGUCUUGGAAAAAGUCCCCAGGAGGCGGUGGGGACUGGCCAGUGGGUCAUCCCUGAAUACCUGCUCCAUCACAUAGUCGUCCAGGGCAUGGGACUUGGCUGAGUGCUAACACCACUGUGGCUGUUGCUUUUAGUGGCAUAUUAUACUUGUCAUCUGAUUCACAACAUUGGCUUCCAGAAGCUGUGCUUUUGGCCUGGGUACAAGACUAAAAGGCUGAAGCAACCAUGAAAUUGACCUAAUGCUGUUUAAAAAUGUUACUGCUGCUUACGAGUCAUGAAGUCUGAUUUACUCCUCAUAGAAUGCUAAUAAUCAGGUUUCUUUUCAUCGCAAAGUGAAAUAGUCUUUGUAUAUUCACGAUUAGGUAUUGGGAAGGAAAUUUUACUCUGUUUAGUAGAUUAAUUAAUAGUAAAUAUGACGCCGUGAUGUAUUUUUUUUUCCCUCAAGAACAUUUUAUAAAACCAGAACUCAGUAAAGCCAAUUGUUCUUUUGGAUAAGCCAAAUAAAAAGUGUUCUACCUAAGCACCUAGGGACUCUUGAUUUAAUCUAACUGAAAUAUUAACUUCAAUUUUUUUAAGACUUCAAUAACUGAUAGUUCUAAUUUAUUUCUUCUGAGAAAUUUGUGUUGGAAUUCUAAUCGAUAUUAUUCUAAAGAUUAAAAAAAUUCUGGUUGGAAAGUAGAGAUAUAUCUACUAUUAAAAUUUUGUUUCUUUGGGGGCACCUGGGUGGCUCAGUCGGUUGAACGUCCGACUUCGGCUCAGGUCAUGAUCUCACAGUUUGUGGGUUCAAGCCCCGCAUCAGGCUCUGUGCUAACCGCUUGCUCAGAGCCUGGAGCCUGCUUCGGAUUCUGUGUCUCCUUCUCUCUCUGCCCCUCCCCCACUCACGCUUUGUCUCACUCUGUUUCUCAAAAACAAAUAAAUGUAAAAAAAAAAAAAAUUAAAAAAAUGUUGUUUCUUUGAUAAUGAUUAGCAAGCAAACGGAAGGGCAUAAGAACUUAAUAAUGAAAAUAUUAAAUUUUAAGAUCAUUUUCCAAAGUAGAUAGUUAAUUAACUGGAAGCUGUACUCUUUUCUGGCUCUAUAUUGAAUUGUCCUUUACUUGCACUGAACACUGGCUUAUUGUUUCUUCUUGCUGUCUCUCAUUUUGUUUUCAUGAAGUAAAGGCUCUUCAUAUGAUUUUUCUGUUGACAAUGGUAACAUGUCAGCAAGAUGUUUUACAACAGAGUAGUUUUGGGGCUGCAUCUGACUCUCUGCGACCUUUCAUGUAUGAUAUGUUAGACCCCUAGACAGAUAUAAAGAUGAGACAUCAAGACUAAGAGUGCUAAGAGACAUGUUCUGGAAAAUAAGGCCUGCAGGAAAUCAUUCUAAGCGAAUCAACAAUAACUUAUCAAAGGGUAUAAUGUUUCAGUUCUAGGAGAAACCAAGAAUACUGGAAUUUGUUCCAGAACUUCACUUCACCUUGAUUUAAUGGAUAAACAUGAAUGUGAAAUUAUGCCAGUUCCUUCUAGACUUAAAUUGUGAUAUGAAAUGAGGAACUGGUAGCUGUGAUCAAGUUCCUGAUUCUUACAAAUGAUGAAGAUAUGCAAAGUAUAUUUCCAGUCUUUGUAUAAACGCAUUAAUGUUCUGGCUCAUUGGAGUAUUUUUCUGAUUAACCAGUGGAUACGUACUUCUAUGUGUGUGCUUGCCUGGAAGAGAGAAAUGCUUACUCUUGAUUAAUGUGCUUCUGAUUAUAUACAUCUU